AUGGAGACGUCGACAUACUCUGGUGAUGGUCCAGAUCGUCUCCCCCUUAAUCGCUGGUUUAGGGAGAUUGAUAUCGCCAUAGCGUCAAGGUUGAUUGACGCUCCGACGGCCAAGGUUAAUUUCCGACUGUCUCGGCUUGUUGGUAAAGCCAAAGAAUGGGCUCUUGGGAAGCUCGUUGUAAACGAGUUGGCAUUCCCCACGCUGGACGAUAUCCAGCGCGACUUACGACUGGCGUUCGAGCCCCCUCAAGAUGAGUCACGCUUGCGCGCAGAUUUCUUUUCACUUCGACAGGGCAAGCUGUCGAUGCGUGAUUACGUACAGAAGACGCGACAUCUUGCUUCGUGUAUCAUCACGCAGCCGAUCGACAUGGCUUCGCAAGUUCAUGUAUUUGUCUUUGGUAUGCAAGAGGGCAUGACCCGCUAUUGCCUCACACGUGCUGAACCUAAGACUCUUGAGGAGGCAUUUGCCCUCGCGCUUCGUGAAGAUUACACGGUCGCAUCGUCAUAUUUGCAGGCAGCGUCGCAACGCCCGCGUACGUCUGGCCCAGAGCCUAUGGAAAUUGACGUUAUCGAUGCAUCUCGUGGUCGCGGCAAGCAAUUUGGCCGCGACAUUCGAAGUCAAAACACGAUGAAGUGUUAUCGGUGCGGCAAGACUGGCCAUCGUGCGGCCGUCUGCCGAGCACCAGCGCCGGUGUCCAUGAACACAGCUGUCUCACGUGGAGAUACUGUGUCGUCAGUGGUCCCGCCAAAAAACGAGCGGUUCCAGUAG